AUGAAAGAAAAUCUCACGUUCAGCGAACUCGCGCAUUUCGACGGUGACGGUAUCGGUCUGUACAGUAAAUUUUACGGAAAAAACUGCACCAUAGAGGCUCGCCUGGUGGACAUUUGGAGGCCGGGAACCGGUAGGGAGAAGAUAAACGAGUGGGCGUACAAAUUUCACCACCACGGUGGUUGUCCCGUGGUGAUAAGCUCGCUCACUUUCACCCCAAAAAUGAUGGUAAAGAAUUACAAAAACGGUUCGCGAAAAAUAAUCGGUGGACGAGAGGGUAAGUUGAUACUGGAGGCGGCGCAACGAUUGAAUUUCAGCAUAGUGUUAACUUAUCCAUCGAUCGACGACCGUAUGAGAUUCUCACUCAAAUCGGCCAUACUGGUCGACAUUAUUUUUGAGAGAGCGGAUAUCGGAAUCGGCAGUUUACUGCGGACUAAUUACUUCAGCGGGUUAACAGAGUUCUCAGUCCCGUACGACGACGAAUGCGUGACGUGGGGAGUACCGCGGAUAAUGAGCUGGUCGAACGACGUCGUGUUCGUCGAAUUUUCCGGACUGGUUUGGAUAGCGGUCACGUUGAUGUUCAUCGUCAUUUGCCUCAUGGGAAACGUCGAUCGAAAAUUCACUCUAACCAAAGCCGGUGAUAAAAAAAUCUACGGAAUAAUCUCGGUCACUUGCGACGUAUUCGCACUUCACCUGGGCAAUCCGGUACUCUGGAUAACAUCGUCCCCUAGCGGAAGAGUUCUGUUAAUCGUAUGUUUGUGUUACUCAACGGUGAUAACGACCGCUUACAAAACUUCCCUGGCGUCGAUUUUGGCGACGGACAAAGGUACGUCGGCGAUCGUCGACGCCCAGGGAAUUUUAAUGGAGAAUUUGAGCGUCGGAGGAUCGCUUUACGAAUGGAAUAUACUUAGGGAUCAGGUGAACGAGAGCGAACUGACCGCUGAAUUAUUCGAAAGAUUCGUAGUUGAUAACGACGACGUGGCGACGAGGGAUCGUUUGAAAUUUGACCACGAUUACGCGUUUCUGGCGAGCCGUUCGUGGCUGAGUUACGAGAGACAAAAAAUGGUGAGAAACAACGAAGCUGUUACAUUCGAUGUUUUUGAUACCUGUGUACUGGCGUAUCACACGGUGGUGAGUUUUCCGAAGAAAUCGUUACUGAGGAAACCGAUGGAUCGUAUUAUACAGCGAUUGACGGAAUCCGGAAUUUUCAAUCAUUGGGAUCUCGAGAAUGAAAUAGACGCGAAUUCGGUAUCGGCCAAUGCAAAUGACCAGGAAAACCAGAACCACGGCGCCGCUUACAAAUUUCAAAAUAUAUUCGUCGUUUAUCUAACUUGCAUUACAUUAUCUCUUUUCGUUUUUAUAAGCGAACUUCUCGUAGCAAAAUUGCAAUCUAAGAAAGGUCAAGACGUUAUUAUUCAAUAUUUUUGA